AUGUUGAAGCUAUUAGAAAAUCUUGAUUAAUUUGGAGUGGCAUUUUAACCAAGCAUCAAAUAUUGUAAAAAUCAACACAAAACAGCAAUCGGAGGCAUCAUGUCAAUCGUAUUGUAUGGUUUAAGUUUUGCUUACUUAAUUUAUUUACUAACUUAAUGGAGUUAAGGGUAAACACUACCUAAAAUCACAACUACUUAGAGAAGCAUUAGAAAUUAUGAUUAUACCAUAAAUGAAACUUAUGUUCAAUUCGAAACAAGAAAACUUUAAUUAUCUAUAAUUGAUCCAUUCGAUCCAAAUGCAAUAGUGUUACAACCUGUUGUUUAUAUUUUUAAAAAUGGGUUGAUUAUCGACGAACCCUAAGCAGUCAACUAUCCAAUUUAAAGAAAGGAAGGAUUUAUAGUGUUAAAUAUAUCCAACUUGUCGCUUUCGAUAAGUGAGGAAAAGUCAGAUGAGACACCAGAGAUCGAGAUGAUGAUUGCAUUGGGGAAGUGUUAAAAACGAUUCUUACUAGAAGGAUAGUAGUGUGCAAAUCAAACAAUAAUAGAUGGCUAUUUCUCGCAACCUACUAAUUCUCUGCUACUUAGACAAUUUGUGAAGGAGUUUAAUACGAAUGAUGAAGUCUUGGAAAAUAUAGGAAGAGAAUAGUUGAUUAGUAUUUAACAAAAUUACACAUUUUAAAUUUAAACGUUUGUUCGUAUGUAGGAGACUAAUGUUGACACAGGAGCCUUGUUUGAAUAGAUGCAACAAUAUAAUUUUAUUGUAGAUUACAGAGGGAGCAAUUCUAUUUUAGGAUUAAGUUACUUUGGGUAGAUUUUAAGUUAUAAUGUCUAUGUGUCAUUGUAUUACAAAAUAGAUAAUAUCUAAUAAAAGCAAAUAAUCAUAUAUCCAAAGUUAAGUGAAGUAUUGGCAGAAGCUGGUUCUAUAGCAUCUACACUAUUAUUGAUAUCGUAUUUAGUUGUAAUUCUAAAUGAGACUCAAUUAUAUUAGGAUGCAAUCAAUCAUGUAAUAUCUUUGUACUUUCCUGAAUUUGUUUAGAUCAAGAUUAAGAAGAAUAUCUUGGGAUAAAUUAUCUAAGUUGAAAGAGAUGGGAAGUUGUUAGAUUUAAAUGCAUUUAAGACCCAAUAUUAGAAAUUGAAGAGGAUAAGUCAAACCAAAUUAUCAAUUUCUAAUCAGAUCUAUGAAUUAUCGAGGAUUUAAAUUAUCUUGUAAACUAUCUUUUCAUCUCAAUUUAUGAGUUAAUCCCAUCAAAAAGGAAUUCCACUUACAACCACAUAUUUAGAACCUUAAAAAGAAGAACAGCAAAGCAUAGUUAAAAUAGAAAUGAAUACCAAUUAAGACAAUCUUCUCAAACAAAAUUAAAUUGUAAUAAAAUUAAAUAACAAAGAUCCCUGCUUCUAUCGAUAGUUUAAUUGAGAAGAAGAUCUAACAAGAAGGAUCAUAAUAGAAACAAUAGCCAUGUUAAUAAGAUACCUCCAAAGGUGAUGUGUGUUAAGCAUUAAAUUUAAGAGACAAAGUUUAAUUAUCCUAUGAUUUUCUACUAUAAGAAUCUGAUUUUGAUUUGUUGAGUCUGCCAAAUCAGGACACGAGUGAUUAGGAUAAUAAAAUUAAAUGA